AUGUCUCGAUACGCCAAAGCUCACGUUAGCCCGGAGGGGCCAGGUGACUCUCGACCAACAGCAUUGCAGGUGGUCAAAGAUGAAGGAAUGGAGGGAAAACUUGAGGGCAAAGUGAUUGUCAUCACCGGAACCUCGUCCGGGCUUGGUAUUGAAACGGCGCGCGCUCUCUCCACUACUGGAGCGACGCUCUUCUUGACAGCUAGAAAUGUCAAAAAAGCAAAGGACGCCUUGGCCGACAUUUCUGAGCCGGGUCGUACGGAGUUCAUCGAAAUGGACCUAGAAUCCUUCGAAAGUGUUCGUUCCGCUGCGAAGUCGAUCCUGAAAAAGACCGACAAGGUCAAUAUCCUGAUCAACAACGCGGGAAUCAUGGCAGUGCCAGAUCUUGAAUUCACCAAGGAUGGACACGAGUUGCAGUUUGGCACCAAUCACCUCUCUCAUUUCCUCCUAUUCCUGCUGUUGAAACCAGCGCUACUGGCCGCCACGUCCCCUGAUUUCCAUUCUCGGGUUGUCAAUCUGUCCUCUGCCGCCCACCGUGUCAACGGCAUCAAUGCAACAGACAACUACAACUUCGAAAAAGGGGGGCUUCACGCAACGAGUGUUCACCCUGGUGGAAUUGCAACUGGUCUUUCGAAGCACAUCCCCGAAGCACAUCUUGCAGCAAUGCUAGAGGAUAAGUCUCUACUCAAGAGCUUGAAGAGCCCAGAGCAAGGUGCUGCGACCACCGUGUGGGCUGCUAUUGGCAAGGAAUGGGAGAGCAAAGGGGGCAAAUAUCUCUCUAACUGUGCCGAGGCGAGGCGUGGAAACGAUGUUGGCGAUAUGUCAAGUGCGGACUAUGCCAGUCACACCUACAGCAGGGAGAACGAAGGCAGACUUUGGGAGGAUUCGGUGAAAAUUGUGGGAUCAACCGACGUCCUGUAG